AUGCCACUCAUCAGAUAUAUUGGCCGUGCCGCAAAAACACUCGCUUUGACCUUCUUGUUUGACUGGACGCAAAUCAUUCGUCAUCCUAUCGGAUCAUUAACAACUCUAAUAGUAUAUCCAUUGACAUCUGGUCUUAUGGUCGUUGUUUCUGUGGGAUUUCGACUGAUUGGUCGUUUCAAGAAACAGACAGAACAACACCCAAAGAUGUUUGAUGAGGUCGAACAAGAACUUGUUAAUACGGCUGGUGACUUUCUCCAGUCCUCGUUUGGACUCGCAUAUGACAAGAUCACAAAGAUAACCCAUCACAACGACUACGCAGACGCCCGUUACAUACGUCCUUCUUUCAACAUAGAUGUUGCCGAAUUCUUGUUAGUUCUCUCGGCUCUCAUGUACGAACGUGAGGAACCUCCUAGUGGAGAGUACUCUAGCAAUGACGGCGAACUGGAUCGCAAUACUGAUUAUAUUCGUGAGAAAGCUCAUCACUGGGGUUUAGAAUUCAAGUCACUAUCUGAAUUAGGAACAAGUGCGAGUCCAUUUUGUGGCGCGUUCUGGGAUCCGCAUAAGAACUUUGUCGUUAUUGCAUUUAAAGGAACGACACCGACCGACUUUGCCGAAUGGAUUGUUGAUGCUUCUAUUAUGCGUACUGAUGGCAGGACACAGUUAUUCGGUGAAGUGCAUGAAGGAUUCUAUAGAAUGCUAUUUGGAAACGAGAAGAAAGGGCGUUCCAAGUUGAUUGAGAGUUACUCGUAUAGAAAUAUAUUGAAAAACUUGCUUGGUAUUAUAAGUACUAUUAAUGGAGGGAAAAUCAAUGUCUGGGUUACUGGGCAUUCAUUGGGAAGUGCCCUUGCGUCCUUGUUUUAUGCGAGAUUGAUGCGCAGUCCUGCAGAUCUGCCGGAUGAUUGUAUUUUAAGAGACGCCUACAUCUACGGGACACCAUGCAUAGGGAAUGGUGAAUUCGCCAUUAACUUCUCCUCGCUCUGUAACACGCCAUCUAAUCGUUUCAAUACGUGCUGGCGCGUGAUAGACGAUAAAGACAUUGUCUGCAACGUUCCAGUUGGAUUCGACGACCUUGAAGUACUGCAAUACGUUAGCGAUAAUUAUAUUUUCGACUAUGCUCAUGUUGGCGAAGCUAUAAGGCUUUUCCAGGACGGGCGAAAACCAAAGACGGAAGUCGCUGGGUUGCUCGAGGAGCGGGAGGAGGGAAAUGUGGAAAUAAGCGAUGAUGUUGAUGACGAUGAGGAAAAGUAUAGAUUUGUACCGGCUUUUCUAAAAGAUCAUUUUACAUUUAGCUAUUUGAGGGCUAUAAAAAAGGCGAGACCGUAUUUCCCGAGUAGCAAAAAAACAAAGGAAUUAUAUAAAGAACCGCAACCUGUACCAAUUUGCUUGAAUAACGAUCAAGUAGAUAAUAAUGUAAAGAAAGCUGUUUAA